AUGCGAACAGCCCUCACGACGCUCGCCAGAGCAGCAGAAUCGCUGCCAGUAGCCUCAAGAGCCUGCUGUCCACGACCAUGGCUACAGACAAGACGCCUCACCCGCACAGCGCGACGCCAUGAUCUCCUCACAACGCCCAAACCCUCCACCUUCCCAGGCUACGAACCCGAUGCUCUCGACGCACCUCUCCAUGGCGAAAGACAGCAUGUCGACCGUCCCUACGCCGACCCCUCCCCAGAAGACCUCUACCCGAUGACAGCCAAAGAAUCACCCAAACAACAAGACCCCUCAAACCAAGACGAAUCCACCCUCGCCCGAGCAAAACGCGUCUUCGGCGACCGCGAACUCGACGCCCUCGAACGCAAACGCAUCGCAGAAAGUAAAUCCCGCCUCAUAGCCGGGGUCCUUGUCCCACCCAAACCCGAAGAACCCGACAAUUGCUGCAUGUCCGGCUGCGUCAACUGCGUCUGGGAACGCUUUCGUGAAGAACUCGAAGAAUUCGCCACGAAAAUGAAAGAAGCGAAAGCAGCACAAAAUCUCCAACGCUUACAAGGUCAAGCGACGGGGAUGAUGGCUGCGGAAGCGAAUGCGCCGGCACAUGUGGCAGUUAGCAUGGAUGACGAUGGGGGCGGGAGCGAAACAUUGUGGAGUGAUACUGUUCCGGGGAAUGUGGCGGAAGUUGUGGAAGGUGGAGCGGGAGGUGUUGAUGAAGACCCUUUGGCGGGUGUACCGAUUGGUAUCAGAGAGUUCAUGAAGACGGAGAAGAGGUUGAAGGAAAUGCAUAGGGAGAGAGGGGAGAAGAUUGAGACUGCUCUAGAUACGGAGUUGAGGCCGAUGGCUUGGAGUACUUCGUCGAGAUCUUCGUCUUCGACAACAGCAGCUGGUGCGACGACGAAUGGUUAGAUGAAGAGGAGCCAGCGCAGAGAGAAGAUCAUGCAGCCGGCUGAGUGAUGAUGGGGAUGAUGAUGUUCAUCACAUCACCUCACACCCCUCCUUCUUCCCCCCUCCCUUCUGCUCAUCCCUCGGAUUCCCGCAAUUCGGAUCUUCCGGCCACUUCUUCACUCGAUCCGGAAUCAGGACCGCUGUUUCCUCAGAAAACUUGUCCUGUUUCUUCUUCUUCGUCCAUUUCCAACGCGCACAGUCUGCGCAAUUGGUCUUGAUAUGGUUCUCAUAGCCCGUAUCUGAUGUCGGCCCGUAGCAGUCUCGGCCCUUACUUUGGAUGUUCUCGGAGCAUCGAGUAAGCGCGCGGAUGCUGUGGGCGCAGGCGUAGAAUGAAGUUUCGGUGUGGCACAUUACUUCAGAGAAGGAAUGGAGGGCAUUGCAUUUGAGGGGACAAAUGGAAUGUUUGCGAAGUCGGCGGUGGUUCGAGUAUGUGCAAUGAGGAGGGGAGUGGAGGUAUUUAAGUGGUGGGCGCAAUCAGGACGCAAACAUGGUAGGGAGCAUUUAGACCAAGACAGGCCGGCGCCUUUCUACAGCGAGCGAGACAUAUUGCAUAGCGUUAAGUGUUAAACAGCAUUGUACAGUGAGACGAAACCCGC